AUGGCGAGCUCCACGCUGUUGUUCGAGAUCCAGCGCCUCGUUGGCUUCCCCACGCCGUCGUCGUCUGCACUGCCAGCGCUCGAGAUCUCGUCUAUGGCCGUGUACACAAUGGACAAGAAGCAGCUGCUGGCGCUGGCCGUGAGUGAAGAGAUCCCCGGGCCGCCCUCGUCGUCCCACGUCCCAAGCGACGGGUCCUCGUCUUCCGUCCCGCUGAAACCCGCAGACGCCCAUACAAAUUUCCUGUUAAUCCGGACAAUCGAAGAAGACGAGCGCGUCCGGUUCUGGCGCUUCCCCGUCUGUUCGACCCUCAAGCAGCAGCAGGCAGGCAAAGCCGAGCGGCUCUCGGCGCUCGAGUUCAGUCCCGAAGGCGAUUGGCUCGCAGCGCUCUCGUCCCGCAAGAACCGACUUCAUGUGAUCCCGAUCUUGAAGCUCGUAGCCAAUCAGCGUCGAGCAAUGCUGGCCGCGUCGUCCCACGCUCCUGAUCACCGCCCGUCCCAAUCUCAAUCCCGGUCCCACUAUCCCGAACUUCUAAGUGUCCGUCAAGCAGCUAUGACGACGCAAAUGGCGUCGUACCUUCGAGCAACUAAUGAGUUUGGCGGUCUUAAUGGAGCACGGUACCACUCUCAAGUCGCCGGGGACGACGAGCAGAUGAGCAUAUUGGAAUUUGCGCCUGGGAUCGGGACCAUCACGUGCGUCCGAUGGUGGCGAGCGCUGAAUGGCAAGAAUUAUUGUCUCGUGGGCGGCUCGGAGAGCUUGAUCUCAAUUGUGAAUGUGGAAGAAAAUGCUGAAGAGUGUCGAUGUGAACUUGUGCAAGCGGGGACGAUUGUCAGUAUCGAUUUGCUGUACGAGAAGUUUCGCAAAGAAUGCAGGACGUCGAUGCUUGUCAAGACGAAAACGGACGAGAUUGAUGACGACAAGGAGAGAGAUGCUGGGGGAUGUGGAGUACGCUAUUAUCGCGUGGUGCUGGAAAAAAAGUGCCAAUUGAGACCACAGGUAGCAUCGACAAGAGGAACGAUGAAGCGAGACGAGGGAGUAGUAGCACAUGCGACGUCAGCGCUCAAGAUUGCGACGACGGAUGGCGGAUUGUCGUCUUCUAGUACGACAAAGUUUACUGCAACGACUGAAGUUGGACCGUCUAGUCCGUCCGGUGUUGAGAAAACGCCAAAGUAUGUUGUCAAGACGUUUCCUCAACACUUUCUUGAGGAUCUGGAUUUUCGACCACAGCGUAUCAAGAAGAACUCCCCUCAGGUGUGUUUGUAUCCUAUUAACGACGCGCUGAGCUCCGAGUCGUCACUGGCGCUGUAUGAUUGCAAGAAGGGAAGAACCAAUGUGUACUCCAAUUUUCAUUGGAGACCUAAAGGUGAGUAUAAGAUGCCCGAUCUUCUGCCUUCGUCUUCUGAUGGCACGGACGAAAGUGGUGAAGCCAAAAGCAGCGACAGCAACAAUGAACGGCAAGAGGGAGUACAAGACCAAGAGGCUGUUAAGGAAAUCGAUGAAGUCGUGGACGUGGACUUGACUUAUUGUUCAACGGAUAUAAUGCUGCUCCAAGGUCGUACAUCCAAGUCUAACAAGACAGUUGCGACGUGGGUUUCCCUCCCCUCUCAUCAAGCGGCUGACGAAGGCGUCGUGAACGCACACAUUGUGCAUUACCUCUCGCUGCAUGGAAACGAAAGGAUCGAGCGUGUGGUGCAGAGUACCGUUCGAAAACGGGAUAUACGUGGUGCCAACGGAAGCGUCGGAAGCAACCAGCCAGGUGAAGCAGAGAUUAUUUACGUCCUUCAAACGAAGCACCACGUUUACGAGUGCCGACCGCAAUGGUCUCGUUUAGCGCUCUUCAAGGCACUGUGUGCGCAAUCUAUUGCGCUCCGAGAUGCUCUAUCGAUCGGUUAUGCGCUCGGUAUUGACAUGGCUUCGCUCUGUCAGGUUGCCGCAAACACCUUGUACACCAGUGUCAUUGACGGUAGCGCAAACGCAGAUGUACAACUUGUUCGAUGGGUACGCGAUCUGUUUGAGGUGUCACGGGUUGUACCAUCUAGUGCAAUCGAACAGAUAACCGCGAUGGGUGGUGUACAGAGCGCCAUAGACUACGCUCGACAUGUACUUUCCAAGCCUGUGGGAGAGUCACCGUACGAUGAAUUGGAACGGGGACGCAUAGCUUAUUUGUCAGUGGAGUUGUUGCUUCGACAGCAACUUCAAAAGCACCAAUCCUUCGAUACAGGAGUCGAACAAGUGUUGUCAGCAGACGAUGAGCAGGAUGAGACAAGAGCGACAUACCUCGUGGAUUUUUUUGAGACCAAUUGCGAUUACGUGACCGCGGAUGUUGUGGAUCUCUGCUUAUCGCAGAGCGACGUGGAAAAGGCCAUUCUCGUCGCGACUCGACGAAACGAAGUACCACAAGCACUCGAGAAGAUCGUCCACGAGGGAUUAGCGUCUUCUCUAUCUGAGCAAAUGUUGCGCUAUUUGCUUCGAUGGGGUCACGCCGCUGCGCUGACAUGUCCGCAAAGUCGCUUGAUUCUGCGGUCAUUCCCGAUUGAGAUCCAGGCAGAGGUGUUGUUAGCACACCCGUCAUCUCUUUUCCAGCACCGAGACUGGCUUGUGCGGAACGCGCCGUCCAUUUCUCGGAUGCUUUGCCGCAAGAUCGUUGCUGAGAUUGAUCCUGCAAGACCAGAAAGCAGCAGACUGAUUCCUUUUGCAACAGUGGACAAACGGUUGUUGAGUGGGCCAUGUUCUGAUGUCUCCACGUCUGAGUUCAUUCGUUCGUCUCCAGAAGAGCACAUUGAGCUUUACUUGACGUUACUGCUUCGAUUGAAUUACAAUGGUGAUCACGCAAGAGCGCAAUCAACAACUGACGACACGGAACGAUGUGAUGGUGCAUAUUCACAGGCCAGUCUCGAGAUGCUCCUGAAGGACUUGGCCAAUCAAUAUCGUCCGCCUAUUAUGGUAGCCAGAUGUGUGGACUAUGAGAAUUGGACUGCAGCGGCUUGUAUAUACGAAGCGCACGGAGAGUUGGUGGAAGCGCUGGAAUGUCGUUUGCAGUCGCACAAUGCACACAGUGCAAAGCUGCUGCCUGCAAGAUUCAUCGAAGGAUCAACGUCGCCGAUGGAUGCGGUCACUUCGUAUGGCCGAUACUCGGGCGACCCGAUCGCUAGUGCCGUGACCGGUGUUCAAUUUCAUGACCGGAUGCGCGAAGAGUUAUUUGGGUUGUUACGAUCGCUUGUCGUCCAGACGCGUAGCUCGAAAGCCAUAUCCGACCAGGUUCGCGCCGCUAUCCUUGCGCGUAUUCUGGUCAAAUGGUUCGACUACGGGCUGCAAAGCACCGAGCUAGAAACCUUUCUCCUGGAUCUGGACGUUUUCCCGCACGUGUCGCCGUUGUUGGCACAGAUCUUCUUCUCCGAGGUCAUACGCUCCAUUCCACGGCCUGAGUCGGUCGGGCUGGCGAUGUCAGCGUUAUAUGAAGGUCAUGGCGAUAGUUUCGAUGAACGGGACAAAGAAUGGGUGCGAAAGUGCCAGCAUCUCUCGUUCACAGGGCAGUUCCUCUUUCGCGUAUGCGUUUCGCUCUUGGAGAAAGACCAAGUGAACCAGGAGUUGUUGAGCCCCAGUUCGCUGUCACCGAUGGAUCAAUUAGAGCUUGUGAAGAACAACGUUGUCGAGAACGAUCUGUCGCACAAGUUUGUUCACAUUGCACCUCACUCAGCGCAAGCCCUUGGAAAGACCGAUCCACUGGAGACUCACAUGAAGGUGUUUACGUGUGGCCAUCUUUUCCCAAAGCGCGUGUUUGAAGAAGAGGUAGUACUGGAGUUUGAGAAGCGCGUGAGUGCACUGCCAGUGUCUUUGUCUGCAACGAAGGAAGCUUUUGUGCGCGAGUUUAAGCGUGGUGCGAGCGAGACACCGUGUCCAGUGUGCAGUUUUAACAAGAUUAGUGAGCUUGUGUUUCGACAGCACAAUACCAGGCAAGCUUUGCAGCGGAAGGAUCGUUCAGAUGGACAACCAGAGUCUGAUAUCACCAAUACCUCGCCGUUCCAAGUAAACAAUGCCACUCGUCCACAGCUGCCGAAACUUGAUGUGCCUUACUACUUUCUGCAUCGGAAAGCAAGCGAACAUCUCGGAUAUUCCGCCAAAGCUCAAGUCACAAAACAUGAAGCGUGGGAAUGGAGUGAACAGUGA